GCCCCCACGAUGUGAGCGGGAGGGAGGAGACGCAGAGACGGCCGGGCCGGGCGCCCUCGCCACCCUCCGAGCCGCGCCGCUUCCCUUCCGCGGUGCCGAGGCCGCGACGCCCGCGGCGGCCCGAGCAGCGAGGCCACCGAGCCCCGUGCCCCGCCCCGCUCUGACCCGGCUUCGGCCCGCAGCGGGUUCGCGGCCCCGGACGCGGCGGGAGCCGUGCCCAGGACGGUGCGUCCGGCCUCGCCCGCGGCUUCGCCAGACAAGUUUGAACCAUGAUCACAGUCAACCCGGAUGGGAAGAUAAUGAUCAGAAGAUGCCUCGUCACCCUGAGACCCUUUCGGCUCUUUGUCCUGGGCAUCGGCUUCUUCACUCUCUGCUUCCUGAUGACCUCUCUGGGAGGCCAGUUCUCCACCCGGCGCCUGGGGGACUCACCCUUCACCAUCCGCACAGAAGUGCUGGGUGGCCCUGAGUCCCGAGGCGUCCUCCGCAAGAUGAGCGACCUGCUGGAGCUGAUGGUGAAGCGCAUGGACAUGCUGGCUCGGCUGGAGAACAGCAGCGAGCUGCACCGGGCAGCUAGUGACACGCACCUUGCGGCAGACAGGCUCUCCCCUGGGGCCGGCCUCAUGGAGCGGAUCCAGGCCAUCGCCCAGAAUGUCUCUGACAUUGCCGUGAAGGUGGACCAGAUCCUGCGCCACAGUAUGCUCCUGCACACCAAGGUGUCUGAGGGCCGGCAGGAUCAGUGCGAGGCUCCCAGCGACCCCAAGUUCCCUGACUGCCCCGGGAAGGUGGAGUGGAUGCGUGCCCGCUGGACCUCUGACCCCUGCUACGCCUUCUUCGGGGUGGAUGGCACCGAGUGCUCUUUCCUCAUCUACCUCAGCGAGGUCGAGUGGUUCUGCCCCCCGCUGCCCUGGAGGAACCAGACGAGGGCUCAGAUGGCCCCCAAACCCCUCCCCAGAGUCCAGUCAGUUUUCCGGAGCAACCUGUCCCACCUGCUGGAGCUGAUGGGCAGUGGGAAGGAGUCACUGAUAUUCAUGAAGAAGCGGACCAAGCGGCUCACAUCCCAGUGGGCAACAGCUGCCCAGCGCCUGGCACGGAAGCUGGGGGACAUCCAGAGGGACCAGAAGCAGAUCCUCGUGCACAUCGGCUUCCUGACGGAGGAGUCUGGGGACGUGUUCAGCCCGCGGGUGCUGAAGGGCGGGCCCCUGGGGGAGAUGGUGCAGUGGGCAGACAUCCUGGCAGCUCUCUAUGUCCUGGGCCACAGCCUGAGGGUCACUGUGUCCCUGAAGGAGUUGCAGAGUAACUUAGGGGUGCCGCCAGGCCGGGGGAACUGCCCACUCACCAUGCCUCUGCCUUUCGACCUCAUCUACACUGACUACCAUGGCCUGCAGCAGAUGAAGCAGCACAUGGGACUCUCCUUCAAGAAGUACCGGUGCCGAAUCCGGGUCAUUGACACCUUCGGGACGGAACCUGCAUAUAACCACGAGGAGUACGCCACGUUGCACGGCUACCGGACCAACUGGGGGUACUGGAACCUCAACCCCAAGCAGUUCAUGACCAUGUUCCCUCACACCCCGGAUAACUCCUUCAUGGGCUUCGUGUCUGAGGAGCUCAACGAGACGGAGAAGCAGCUCAUCAAAGGCGGCAAGGCCAGCAACAUGGCCGUAGUGUACGGCAAGGAGACGAGUAUCUGGAAGGGGAAGGAGAAGUUCCUGGCCAUCCUGAACAAGUACAUGGAGAUCCAUGGCACAGUGUACUAUGAGAGCCAGCGGCCCCCCGAGGUCCCAGCCUUUGUGAAGAACCAUGGCCUCCUGCCACAGCCUGAGUUCCAGCAGCUGCUUCGAAAAGCCAAACUCUUCAUAGGCUUUGGCUUCCCCUACGAGGGCCCAGCUCCGCUGGAGGCCAUCGCCAAUGGCUGUGUCUUCCUGCAGUCGCGCUUCAGCCCCCCCCACAGCUCCCUCAACCACGAGUUCUUCCGGGGCAAGCCCACCUCCAGGGAGGUGUUCUCCCAGCAUCCCUACGCCGAGAACUUCAUCGGCAAACCCCACGUGUGGACUGUGGACUACAACAACUCGGAGGAGUUUGAGGCAGCCAUCAAGGCCAUCAUGAAAACCCAGGUAGACCCCUACCUGCCCUACGAGUACACCUGCCAGGGGAUGCUGGAGCGGAUCCAUGCCUACAUCCAGCACCAGGACUUCUGUGCAGCCCCAGGCCCUACCCUACCAGGUGCCCACGCAUCCCAGAGCCCCUUUGUCCUGGCCCCCAAUGCCACCCACCUGGAAUGGGCUCGAAACGCCAGCUUGGCCCCUGGGGCCUGGCCCCCGACUCGCUCCCUGCGGGCCUGGCUGGCCGCCCCUGGGAGGACCUGCAGUGACGCCUGCCUGGACCACGGCCUGAUCUGCGAGCCUUCCUUCUUCCCCUUCCUCAACAGCCGGGACGCCUUCCUCAAGCUGCAGGUGCCCUGUGACAGCACAGAGUGGGAGAUGCACCACCUGUACCCAGCCCUCGCGCAGCCCGGCCAGGAGUGCUACCUGCAGAAGGAGCCCCUGCUCUUCAGCUGUGCUGGCGCCAGCACCAAGUACCAGCGGCUCUGCCCAUGUCGUGACUUCCGCAAGGGCCAGGUGGCCUUGUGCCAGGGCUGCCUGUGAGAUUCUGGAAGCCACACUGCCUGGCACCCCGGCCAGGCUCCCAUGCAGGAGAAAGCACCAGCAGAUUCCCAGCUCCGACCGCCUGAGCGUGCACCGUGACGCCUCUAGCUGGAGCCUCCUUCCCGGGCCAGGAAGUGGGCAGAGGAGAGCUGAGCCCAGGGGUGGGAGGCAGCAACCCCCAGCCCCCCGCCCUGGGCAGCUCUUCAUUCUCACCUCAGAUGCACAGCCCAGCAGCAAGGGGUCUGAGUCCCCUUGCUUCGUUCAAGGCGAGAUUGGAACCACAUAGAGAACGGACCAGGGCCUCCUCAUCUGCACGAUGGGGGGCAGGGCCACGCUGCCUGUGCUCCACUGAAGGGGCCCCGGAAUGGAGGGCAAACCUGGGCAAUGCUCGCUUUUCAGGGUGCCCUCUUUCUGGGAGGGCAGCCACGCACACAGGACCAGACGUGUCCCUCUGGAACUGAUUAGGGCAUGGAUAGAAGGCAGAGGUGGGGGGCGAGAGACCCUGCCCAUGCCUCCUUGGCCCCAUCCCGCCCUCCCCUUCACCUCUCCUGAUUUCCCCCUUCCCCCCUCUGCGCUUGGACCCCCAGCUGGGUGCACAGAGGCCUCCCAGGCCCCAGCUGGACUCUCUUUCUCCUGCCUGUUCCAACGCUCUUCACUUUGGGCUUCUCUCAGAACCUAUCCUGCCACGACCUGCAAUUCCAGACCCUGGAUUUGUUUGUGCAGCUUCAGUCCCACUCCCCUUACCCCCGCACCCCCCCCCGGGCCAGUUUCCACCCUCUGACCACAGGCUCUGGGACCACACAGGGCCCAGGCCCUGUCCUCCCUCCCCAGCACGCACCUUUUGCAGGCAGGGUCUGGCAUGGAGCCCAUGGCACACCCUGCCCGGUUCCACCAGCUCCGAGGCAGCUCCCACCCCAUCUUGCUGCGUCUGAGCCCCUCCCUCCAGCUUCCUGCAGCCUUGGACCACCUCAGCACCCAUCUCCGUGCAGCAUGCCUGCCCCUCCACCCACACCCAGAGCCCUGUCUGAUUCGGCGGGUCUGGCCUGCAGAAACACUGCCACACCUGCUGUUUUGUAAUCCCACCCCUGCUUGGAGAGGCAAGGCCUGCCCUCAGCCCUCCCAGGGAGGCCAAGGGGCCCGGAGCUGGGCCCUGCUAUGGGGCUGAAGGUGCAUAGGUCCCCUCCUGGCCUGGUGGACCCUGCCACCACAGAGCCCUCAGCUGCAGGAAACAGCAGUUCCCAAGUACCUGACCUGUCGGGGGAAAGCAAUAGAGACACACUUUUCUCUUUCUCUCUCUCUUUUUUUUAAAGAUUUAUUUCUUGAAAUAAUAAAUAUUUUGUUGGGAUGUGAGAUGCUGAAGAA